AUGGCAGACCUUAAGGAUCUUCCAGGCCUCUACACCUCAUCCAGAGAUGUAGGCGAUGUACUCGUAGGCCAGGACGACGCUCGCCGUCUCAUCGAAACAUGCUCGUCUGGCGACGACACAGCUUUAUGGAGUCUGCUAUCGCAGCCACAACAUAUCACGACGAUGCUCAGUAAACCACACACCAUCUAUAGUAAAGAUCCACGUGGGAAGGUCAUGGCAAGGCCAAUCCCAAAUCUUGAGCGGGCCUUGAUGGUAGCGGCUCAGAAUGGCCACGCUGCUGUUAUCACCGCACUACUUGCUUUCACAACAGAGCUUGAGGUUUCCCUUUCCGAUGUUAUAACGAGAGACGUCGUCAACAAGGUCAUCGACGGUGGGAACGCCGCUGUCGUCGAGGCACUAGGCGCCGCCUACCCGAAGGUCAUCGACAUCCGCAUCGGCCACGGGCACGAGCGGCCGCUGUACGAGGCCGUGAGGCGAAGGAAACCAGAUGUAGUUGCUGCACUUCUCGAGCUGGGAGCAGAUCCAUUACAUCCCGUUGCGCCAGGCUACAAGAAACUCGGAAACUACCGCUCGUCUCUAAUGUCCUUCGCUGCAAUGAACGAGGGUCCGCGCACGACAGCGAUGCUAUUGGAACGCGGUACACCUAUAGCGGGUACUGCUGCGUUGCACACCGCUGCGAGCUUCGGUCAGCUCGACACUAUGCGACUGCUGAUAACGCAUGGCGCGGAUGUGGAGGAGGUCGUUCCGGGCUGGAAGGGCUGGACACCGAUGCACUUCGCUGCCUGGACUGGCAAAGCCGAUGCCAUGAAACUGCUAGUAGAACAUGGCGCACGCAUAAACUCGAAGGACGAGGAUGGGAAGACGCCUAAUCAACUGAUGAAGACGCGGAAUGCUGCUUAG